AAUAAAGAAAAGGCUGCUGUGGAACCUCUCUGACCACUCCAAUCCCACCCAACCCAUCCACCCAUUAAAGGACAAUUCAACCCAAAAACCCAUUUCUCUCCUUUCAAUUUUCUUCAUGGUCCCUAUAAAAACAAUUUCUCUCUAACCUUCAACACUUAUUGCCUCUUUAUUAUUCCAUUUCUUGUUGUUGAGCUCAAAACCACCACAACGUGACAACACCUCCACACUCCAUAGCUUAUAUCAUGGGCAUGGCUCACAGCAUCUUGUUCAAGAUCUAGAAGUAAAGUUUGGAUCUUUAAAAAAAAGUGAGUGAGAAAAACCAAAAGAAAAUGGGAAGCAAAUGGAGGAAAGCCAAGCUUGCUCUUGGGUUGAAUACUUGUCUUUAUGUUCCUCAAACUAAAGAAACCGGAGAGGAAUCGUCACCCUCUUCAAACGACGUCGCUGCAUCUAGGUUCUCCGACGCCGUUUCGUCCUCCUCUAUGAUUUCUCCGACGGGUCUUGGCUCUGAUUGCCGACCCACCACGCCCACCCCGUCCUCUUCGGGCCUCCGGUUGCCCAAAACUGGCACCAAGUCCUCCAAGAGAACGUGCGCAAUAUGCUUGACCACCAUGAAAACAGGACAGGGCCAUGCCAUUUUCACUGCAGAGUGCUCCCACUCUUUCCAUUUCCACUGCAUUACUUCUAAUGUAAAACAUGGAAACCAAGUUUGUCCAGUUUGCAGAGCAAAGUGGAAAGAAAUCCCCUUUCAGAGCCCUGCUUCUGAUCUUUCACGUGGUAUUUCAAGAAUUAACCCUGUUGGUUGGCCCCAAGAUGAUGCAUGGAUGACUGUUUUACGACAAAUUCCUCCCCCACGCAUAGAUGCAAGUCGGCCAAUUUCAUCACUCUUUCACACUCCUGAACCGGUUAUCUUUGAUGAUGAUGAAAGCUUAGAUCACCAACCUGAGGUUUCUAAGAAAAGUGCAUCCAUUGAAGAUUCUUGUGAUAACAAUUCCAUUGGAACGAUAGAGGUCAAAACAUAUCCUGAAGUUCCGGCUGUUCAAAGAUCAGCCUCUUAUGAUAACUUCACUGUUCUAAUCCAUCUUAAGGCUCCUCUUACAAGUGGAAGACAUAAUAGCAGCAGAAACCAGACACUGCUGCCAGUAUUUCAAAAUUCUCGUGUUCCAGUAGAUCUUGUGACAGUGCUUGAUGUCAGUGGCAGCAUGGCAGGUACAAAGCUUGCAUUGCUGAAACGAGCCAUGGGAUUUGUGGUACAGAACCUUGGUCCCUCUGACCGUCUCUCUGUCAUUGCCUUCUCCUCUACAGCCCGCCGGCUUUUCCCCCUUCGUCGGAUGACUGAAACUGGACGGCAACAGGCAUUGCAGGCUGUAAAUUCUCUGGUUUCGAAUGGUGGGACAAACAUUGCCGAGGCUCUUAGGAAAGGUACCAAGGUGUUAGUAGACCGAAAGUCGAAGAACCCGGUUUGCAGUAUCAUACUACUAUCUGAUGGGCAGGAUACAUACACUGUCACUAGUCCUGGUGGGUUCCAUCCCCGAACAGAUUACCAAUUACUUCUCCCAGUCUCCAUCCGUCGCAAUAAUGGAUCAGGCUUGCAGAUUCCAGUUCACGCAUUUGGAUUUGGUGCAGAUCAUGAUGCUGCCUCAAUGCAUUCAAUCUCUGAGAUGUCUGGAGGAACAUUUUCUUUCAUAGAAGCUGAGGGUGUGAUUCAGGAUGCAUUUGCACAGUGUAUUGGGGGCCUUUUGAGUGUGGUAGUGCAAGAGCUGCUGGUCAGAAUCGAGUGUGUUCACCCGAGUUUGCAACUGGGUUCAAUUAAAGCAGGGAGUUACAGAACCAGCAUGAUGGCUGAUGCAAGAAUGGGUUCUAUUUACGUUGGGGACAUGUAUGCUGAAGAAGAAAGGGAUUUUUUGGUGACAAUAAAUAUUCCAGUUGAUGCGUCCAGUCCUGAGAUGUCUCUGGUAAAGGUUAGAUGUGUUUACAGAGACCCCAUUACAAAAGAAAUGGUGAAUUUGGAAGAAGCCAGUGAAGUCAUGAUCCAAAGGCCUGAGGUAGUAGGACAACUAAUAGUGUCAAUGGAAGUAGACAGGCAGCGGAAUAGACUUCGUGCAGCAGAAGCAAUGUCUGAGGCUAGAGUUGCAGCUGAGAAUGGUGAUUUGGUUGGUGCAGUCUCUAUCCUGGAGAGCUGUCGUAGGGCAUUGUCUGAAAGUGCCUCUGCACGAGCUGGUGACCGCCUGUGUGCUUCACUUUCUGCUGAGUUAAAGGAGAUGCAAGAAAGGAUGGGAAACCGCCGUGCAUAUGAGGAAUCGGGAAGGGCUUAUGUUUUAUCAGGAUUGAGCUCACACUCAUGGCAGAGGGCAACUGCCCGAGGUGAUUCUACAGAUAGCACUAGCCUUGUUCAAUCUUACCAAACCCCAUCGAUGAUUGACAUGGUGACACGGUCUCAGACCAUGUUAUUAGGGAACCCAUCGCCUCGACGAACCCUCAGCACUACUCAGUCAUUUCCUGCCAAAUCACAGCCACGUUAAUCAUCAAAAGUGGCAGUCUCCGCACCCUACAUAUAUUCUUCAUUAAUGGACCUUUUGUUUCUUUCUUAAUCUCUUUCUUUUUGUGGUUUUGGGGAGUUGGGAUAACUGGGAUACAGAGGAAUUUUGGGUGUUUUAACUAGGGGGAGUAUAUUUGGUUGUUUUGUCAUGUACAUUAAUAAGAAUUGGGUAAAUGGGGAUGAGAACAAUUGUGAACAAGAGGUGGUGGGAGUUAGGAUCUAUAUAGUGUGAUUUUGGGUGAUGUACAUGGAGGAGGGGUUUUAUUUUUUGUUUUUUUGUUUCU